UCCCGCUGCACACACAGCGCGCAGAUUUUAGGGGAGCAGAAAACAAACAAAACAAUGACCGGGAAGGAGGGAGCUGUGCUUUCAGACACCGAGAAUAAACAAAAAGCAGCUUCUCACACCAACGUGCACCACCAGCACCACGGCGGGCCCCAGCAGCCCCCCGGGUGGAAGAUGGCCCCCACCGCGCAGCGGCGCACCGGCUUCGGCAUCCAGGAGCUGCUGGGCCUCAACAAGGAGCCCCCGGCGGCGGCGCCCCCGCGGCGGCCGCUGGAGGCUCUGCCGCACGUCCUGGCCGCCAGGCCACCCCUCGGACACGGAGGACUCGGGCUCGGCGUGGGUUUGCUGGGCCCGGAGGGGAUUCACUCGUUUUACAACCAGCCUGCUUUCCUGGAGGUGCUUUCCAAGGCGCAGAAUGUGCACCUGCAGCCGCUGCACAGGACGGCGCACAUGGAGGCGCAGAUGGACGCUCACUCCGGCCCCAGCUCCGAUUCAGAUGAUUUGAGCUCCGGUGAUCAAAAAUAUUCCACAUCAUCGAUGAGUCAGAGCAAGAAAAGAAAGAAGAGACGACACAGAACAAUUUUCACAUCGUAUCAGCUGGAAGAGCUCGAGAAAGCUUUUAAUGAGGCUCACUAUCCAGAUGUGUAUGCCAGAGAAAUGCUGUCCAUGAAGACGGAGCUACCAGAAGACAGAAUACAGGUCUGGUUUCAAAACCGCAGGGCCAAGUGGAGGAAGAGGGAGAAGUGCUGGGGUCGUAGCAGCGUGAUGGCGGAGUACGGCCUGUACGGAGCCAUGGUCCGCCACUCCAUCCCCCUGCCCGAGUCCAUCCUCAAGUCAGCCAAGGAGGGCAUCACAGACUCGUACGCGCCGUGGUUACUCGGUAUGCACAAAAAAUCAGUUGAAAGUACACACACCUCCCCAGAAAAACCCAGCUGUCUCACACCGCCACUGGUGCAGGAGAAAACGCUGGAGAAAACGCUGGAGGAGGAGAAGCAGCAGCAGCAGAGUAGGCACAGUAGCUCCUCGGUUUCUGAAGAGGAACUGAGGGAAAACAGCAUCGCUGUGCUGCGAGCGAAGGCGCUGGAGCACAGCACCAAGAUGCUCGGGACGGUUUCUCACAAAACAAACAGCCACACAACGCAGAGAGGGGAGGCUGAGGAUCAGGCGACUGAGCAGGAGACGGCAGAGGUGGAGAAGAGCAACUGAAAAAAAAAAGAGGAUGUUGCAACUGUUCAGUAGUAUUAAUUCAUUGGAUGAACUGAGUUUUGAUGCACAUGGAUUCACCAGUAAGCUGCUGGACUUUAUACAAUACAUCACAUCCAUACCUUGGGCUUACAUGUCAGGUAACAUCCGCUGUUUAGGCUUCAGUAACUCAACCGCUUGAUAUCACAAAUGUUUGAAUUCUGUCUCCUGUAAAGCAGUGAAAAAGACUUAAGAAUAGAUGUGUUUCCUGGUUUCUUUUCUGACUCAGAGCUGGAUGAGAGUAUUUUCUUAAACCGCACAGGUUUUCCAACAUGGCGACUUGUGUUAUACAGCCAGAACAACUUCAGCGCAGCUACCUGGUGCUGAGAGGAAAAAUAAAGACAUGAUGUUCAUUUAAAAGAAAAACCUGGAUCAAAAUCUUCCAACAAAAGGGAGUAUUUCAAAGCUUUUCACAUCCUAAGGAGUUUCCUUUUACCUCUGAUGUCCUGAUGGUGACAGACUUUACCUGAUUAUCACCACACGCAUCACUGCAAAGUGUUGGCUCCAAAUCCUGUGAAAUUAAAAAGCUUGAAAGAAUGUUUUUUUUGAGCUGUUCAAACUGUUAAUGUACAUAAUGAUUGUAUCCAGUAGUUAAUUAUGUUCCAUGAUGUAUAGUUAACAUCAAUUACCUGAUUGUAUGUAUAAAUGUAUGUGUAGUCUAAUUAAAAGUUACUUAUAUUUAAAGUCCAAAUGGUUUGCAAACUGAACUUCAAGAGGACUGUAAUUAUCAAUGAUGUAAUCUGUCCAUCUAUACCCACUUCUCCCUUUACAGGGUCACAGGGUUCU